AUGGGAACUUGUUAAUCUUAAAAACAUACUAGUAAUCCUGUCCAAAAAAAAGAUUAGACUACUAUCAGUUCCUAAUUUACAACCAUUAGGGAAUUGAUUCACUUUUUCGAUUAGAUUAGUUUAGAAAAAUUAAAUUUCCCAGAUUUAUCAGCUUUUUUAUCAAAGCAUAUAGACAAAAAUAGAAUUGUAAACGAGGGUAAAACUUGGGUAGCCAUUAAUGAAGUUAAAACUAUUUUAAACAACAAAACUAUUAUUUUGAUAAGGAACUUUAAUCCAGAAACUGAUGCAGCCAUUCAAUUAAUUUAUUUGCUGAAACAAUUAAUAGAAGUCUCCAUGGGAGCUUAAGAACUAUAAAUUAGCUUCAAUGAAAAUGCCGUCGAGCUUUUUCAUUACUAUCAAGCUCAACUCGUCUAAGUCUCCAUUGAAGUAUUAUUAGCAGUUAAUACAUUAAUAAAAAAAUAGGAGUAAUGGUGGAAAGAUAGUUAUUUCAGUUGGCGCAGCAGUUACAUUUAAUCCAUGUUUAAAAUUAAAUAGCCUACAGUAGAAAAGAUUGAUCUAAUUUAGCCAUUUUACGAAUUUAUCGCCUUGUUAAAACAAUGUGCUAAGCAAAUCUGUAAUCAACAAAAGUCCCCAGAUCUAAUCGAAAUCGACAUUAAAGCGCAAUAAGAAGUCUUAGAAUAAUUCUACAGCUAGAUUAGAACGGGCUUUUUAUAAAAUUGUUCAACACAUUAUGAAAGCAUUAAUUGGGAGCGGCAAAAUGCUUCAAAAUCAAUAGGGUAAAAGCUCUAAUUUUAUAAUCUCUAUAUAAAAAAGUAAAACUAUACUGCUUGA